AUGGCACAACGGACGAUGCUAAACAAUACAUACACCAUAUCCGAACAUCAAGUGUUCAAGUAUCGCCUCGCGAGCUCUUUCCUAGAUUACUUCACUUUACAUCAAACCAGUCUUAGAUCUGUACCACAGUACUCUGGGGAAUACGAUGAUUUUAUUGACACGUCUUGUGGCGCCUGUGCCGUACUCAAGUUUGAACAAGAGACGAUUUACGUGUAA